AUGUCCUCCACUCCGAAGACUGACGCUCAACCGCCUGUCGACACGCAGCCGGAUACCCCGAAGGCGAGUGCCGCGAGUGCCCGUCUUUUUCUCGGGUUUGCCCCCGAGAUUUUUGCCUCGAUCGUUGGACACCUGCGGUCCGAUCUACCUGUGCGGCCCCGGCUCGACCGCUUCAUCCACAGUGACCGAGAGACCUAUACUGCGGCUGAGUCGAGCCUCGCUCUUGUGGAUGCACGUUUCGACCAUCUCAUCAAGGAAGAGCACGAAAGCAUGACCAAGCAGUUGAAGGUGGGAUGCCUCGACAUGACUCACCAGGAGAUUACCGCAUUGCUCACCGAGUCGAAUGGAAAAGACACCGGCGAGAACCAAAGUUCCGGCGAUACGAGUGACGGCAUCAUGAAGAGCAUGUUCGCAAAGGGCGUCAACGUCCUGAGGGUCACUGAACGCUGUGCGCCCGACGAGAAGGCCAUAGGUGCCACGCUUCGAGACUUGAUUGACUGGAUGUCCGAGCAACCGACCGCCCCAUUGCCCGACUUGGAAAACAUCAUCUGGCUGGAUGAUCCGGAUCACGACCACGGAUACUUGACGGCGUCCUUCGAUGAGCAAUAUAUUGAAUGGCUAACCGAGCGGAAGAUCGCCUAUCACGUGGCUUAUCGGGACAUCACGAGCCUCACAGGUGCCCUUCCGCCCGAAGUCCACGUCCACAUGCGUCACGACGGUCAAUCCGUGGAUUGGGUGCCCCGGCUCAUACGGCCUACCUGGAAAAGCCCAGAGUCGACGGUGUGGAUCCAUCCAGCCGCACAAUUCAACGACUUUGCAAGCUGGCCAUCGGAGGCGACUGCCGAGUCACUGGACAAAUUUAUCCAGAACUUGGGCAGUGCGUCCACAGCGCCCGGUACGGUUAUGCACCGAAAGAUUGUCUUUGACUUUGACGCCAACGCACCGGUCGAGGAUACGAUCGUAAAGGCUUUUACGGAGCAGCGCGGAGAUCGGUCGGAUUUGCAGUCAGACUUGAGAAGAAAAGGCUAUCAUCUCGCCGUCAGCAUCGGAGGCGAAACAGUGCUGCACGAAGCCGGGUGUGAGCGUUGCAAGCCUCCAGUCCCAGAGGGUGCCUUGAAGGUGUAG